AUGCCGCACCCGCGCUACAGUGGCUGGCAGCUGGAGGAGCUGGAGAAGGCCUUCGAAAGCAUGCGUUACCCAGACAUCUCCAUGAGAGAGGUGCUAGCUCUUCGGCUGGACCUCAUCGAGGCUAGAAUCCAGGUGUGGUUUCAGAACCGCAGAGCGAAGAUGAGGAGGCGGAUGAAGCUGCAGGGUCAGGUAGCGGAGCGAAAGGUCAAAGGGGACGGGGAGGAAAUCGGCAACGGACCCAAACCAAAGAAGGUCCUGAUCCAGACAGCAACGUCGGAGAAAAAUACAUAUCAUAAAUACACUGAGCACCUGUUUAAGGCACAGCCCCUGUGGAUGCCUGAAAGGACAAUGGAGGUUUCCUAG